AGACGCGGAGAGGCAAGGGAGUGGGGAGUAGGGUAAAGAGCCAAAGGGAGACCUGAUAUCUACGGGAUGACGGUCAGUUACUAUUGGUCUACACUGAAUUGACAACCACAGGGUAUCACCGAUACAAGCGAUUUGGACCUACCCAAGAUAUGGCUAUCUCUUGGUCUGCUUGAAAAACAAAUGAAGGAAGAUGAUGAUCACGACUCAGAGACCCUGGAGAUGCGCCCCACUUCAGAGAGUAAUCACCUGAAGCCUGCUUCUCCUGUCGCCUGCUCUGGUCCAGUCAUCUGGGGUUGAGUGGACGGUCACAGCCACGCCUCGCCACACCCCGGUAGAGUUGCAUCUGAAACACCUCACCUUUUCUUAUCUCUGCCCACUGGAAUAAAUGAGUGGACCGGCUGGAGAGGACAGGGCUGGGACAUGUACCAGAACCCACACAGAAUGUCCUGGUUCAGCGGCUUCCUAGUCGCCAGAGUGGAUGACCGUAAGACUGCGUGGGGAGAGCGCAAUGGCAAGAAGUCCAAAAGGAAGGGAGGCUCGUCUCUCUGCAACCCGCGUUACAUGAGCUGUCUGCGGGAUCCAGACACCAUGGAGCCCCCUUCUGGAGCCCCCCUCCCCCAGCACCACCGUGGAGGCGGGUCCGGGGCCAUGGGUGGAGGGGGCAACUUUGGCGUUCGCUUUGGAUGGCAGGAGGACCACUAUGGCAAGAGGGGAGGGGCCCCUGGGGAAGGGGUGGGGCUGAAAUCUGUCGAUUUGGGCUUUGAGGAUGGGGACUUGAAGGGGAGGAAGGGGGGGUGUAACGGCGGGCAUGGUGAGGGGGGGGACGAUGGUCCGAAUGGGGGAGGGGGGGUGACCGCUGCAGACUGCUGGCUCAGAGUGGUGCGUGUGUUCCAAUCAAAGAAGUUCCAGUCUUGUAAGCUGGAGCGUCUGUACCAACGCUAUUUCUUCAGACUCAACCAGAGCUCCCUGACCAUGCUGAUGGGCGUGCUGGUCAUUGUGUGUGGCGUGAUGCUGAUCUUCCACUGUGUCCAUGCCGCCCCUCAUGUAGCCUACUCCUCGGCCCUGUCUGUGGCCAUGGCUCUCUUCAUGGCUCUCAUGGUGGUGUGCAACCGCAAUGGCUUCCACCAGGACUAUAUGUGGAUGGUCAGCUACCUGGUGAUCGGGGUGUUGAUUUCAGUGCAGGUGUUCGGGGUCCUGAUGGUGGCCCCUCGGAGCGCCUCUGAGGGCAUCUGGUGGUCCGUGUUUUUCAUCUACAUCAUCUACACUCUACUGCCUGUGAGGAUGAGGGCAGCCGUGUUGAGCGGAGCAGUGCUGUCCACCAUCCACCUGGUCACAACCUGGCAGAUCAACCAGGAAGAUAAAUUCUUCUGGAAGCAGGUGAGUGCCAACGUGCUGAUCUUCUUGUGCACCAACAUCAUUGGCAUCUGUACCCACUACCCUGCUGAGGUUUCCCAGAGACAGGCCUUCCAGGAGACCAGGGGCUACAUCCAGGCCAGACUGCACCUACAGAGGGAGAACCAGCAGCAGGAGCGCCUGUUGCUGUCUGUGUUGCCAAGGCAUGUUGCUAUGGAGAUGAAGGCUGACAUUAACGCAAAGAAAGAAGACAUGAUGUUUCAUAAGAUCUACAUCCAGAAGCACGACAAUGUUAGUAUUCUGUUUGCAGACAUUGAGGGCUUUACCAGCCUUGCCUCUCAAUGCACUGCUCAAGAGUUAGUCAUGACACUCAAUGAGCUUUUUGCUCGCUUCGACAAACUGGCAUCGGAGAACCACUGUCUGCGUAUCAAGAUCCUGGGGGAUUGUUACUACUGUGUGUCUGGGCUGCCCGAGCCCCGGGCCGACCACGCUCACUGCUGUGUGGAAAUGGGCGUCGACAUGAUAGAGGCCAUCUCGCUGGUGCGAGAGGUGACCGGGGUCAACGUGAACAUGCGUGUGGGCAUCCACAGCGGGCGUGUGCACUGCGGAGUGCUGGGACUCAGGAAGUGGCAGUUUGACGUGUGGUCCAAUGAUGUCACGCUAGCCAACCACAUGGAGGCCGGGGGCAAAGCAGGACGUAUCCACAUCACCAAGGCCACUCUGCAGUACCUGAACGGGGACUAUGAGGUGGAGCCAGGCUUCGGAGGGGAGAGGAACGCCUACCUGAAGGAGAACAACAUUGAGACCUUUCUGGUGCUGGGCUGCAGCCAAAAACGGAAAGACGAGAAGGCCAUGAUGGCUAAGAUGCAGCGGACGCGGGCCAACUCCAACGAGGGGCUGAUGCCUCGCUGGGUGCCUGACAGGUCCUUCUCCAGGACCAAGGACUCCAAAGUCUUCAGACAGAUGGGAAUUGAUGAGACAUCCAGCAAAGACAACCGUGGCAUUCAGGAGGCAAUGAACCCAGAGGAUGAGGUGGAUGAGUUCCUGGGACGAGCCAUUGACGCUCGCAGCAUCGACCAGCUGAGGAAAGACCAUGUCAAGAAGUUCUUGCUCACGUUCCAGACCCCUAGCCUGGAGAAAAAGUAUUCAAAGAAGGUGGAUGAUCGUUUUGGGGGAUAUGUGGCCUGCACUCUACUGGUCUUCUGUUUCAUCUCCUUCAUUCAGAUUGUCAUCUUUCCACAUACACCAGUCAUGCUGGGAAUCUACAUCAGUAUCUUCAUCAUCCUUGCCAACAUCCUCUUCAUCUGUGCCAUAUACUCUUGCAUAAAGCUUUUUCCAGCUGCCAUGCAGACAGUGUCAAAGAAGAUUGUCCAGUCCCGCACCAAGAGCACACUGGUUGGGGUGUUCACUAUCAUCCUUGUCUUCAUCUCUGCCUUUGUCAACAUGUUUGCCUGUGACACAGAAAGCUUGGCGGAGUGCGUUGCCCGGGAGCUAAACACCUCUGUUGCCAUGGUGACGCCCUGUCUAAUCCACAGUUUGAACGUGUCUGUGGAUGGGGGUCUGGAGAUGUGCCCUAGCGAGGGCCCCUCCUGCCCCUUCCCAGAGUAUUUCAGCUACAGUGUGCUGCUGACGCUGCUGGCCUGCUCAGUGUUCCUGCAGAUCAGCAGCAUUGGCAAGCUGGCUCUCAUGCUACUGAUCCAGCUCACCUUCCUGCUGCUGGUGGAGUGGCCACAGGUGGCGCUGUUCGACAACGCCGACCUCUUUGUCACCUCCAAUGCCAUUGAUUUCAGUGAAGCUACUCAGCGGUCCAGUUUCAAUGAAACUACAGACCAGUGCCCAUUCAGUGAGACCAAAGUGUCCCUGAGGGUCAUGACCCCAGUGAUCCUAACAGUCUUUGUGCUGGCGCUGUACCUGCACGCCCAGCAGGUGGAAUCCACAGCACGCCUCGAUUUCCUCUGGAAACUACAGGCCACUGAGGAGAAGGAGGAGAUGGAGGAGCUGCAGGCCUACAACCGUCGCCUCCUUCACAACAUCCUGCCCAAGGACGUGGCCGCCCACUUCCUGGCGCGCGAGCGCCGCAACGACGAGCUCUACUACCAGUCGUGCGAGUGUGUGGCCGUCAUGUUCGCCUCCAUUAGCAACUUUUCGGAGUUCUACGUGGAGCUGGAGGCCAACAACGAGGGGGUGGAGUGUCUCCGGCUGCUUAACGAGAUCAUCGCUGACUUUGACGAGAUCAUCAGUGAGGAGAAGUUCCGUCAGCUGGAGAAGAUCAAGACCAUCGGCUCCACCUACAUGGCCGCCUCCGGCCUCAACGACUCCACCUACGACCGUGAGGGCCGCUCCCACAUCCUGGCCCUGGCUGACUACUCCAUGCGCCUCAGGGAGCAGAUGAAGUACAUCAAUGAGCACUCAUUCAACAACUUUCAGAUGAAGAUAGGUCUCAACAUUGGGCCAGUGGUUGCCGGGGUAAUUGGUGCUCGGAAACCACAGUACGAUAUCUGGGGGAAUACAGUCAACGUGGCCAGUCGUAUGGACAGCACAGGAGUCCCCGAUCGCAUUCAGGUAACCACAGACCUACACCAGGUGCUUGAAGAUAAAGGGUACAUACUUGAGUGUCGUGGAGUUGUGAAGGUCAAAGGUAAAGGGGAAAUGACAACUUACUUCCUGAAUGAAGGACCACCCAACAGUUAGCAGCCAUGGCCACUGGAGCUGGGAAGAUUCCCACUGCAAGGACAGCACCACUGAGGGAGGACUCGCCUCGCGAACCAAUGCCUAACAACUAACAAUGCCGUCUCAAAAAAACUGAGCAAAGAAGAAAAUCAGAAUCAGAAUCAGAAUGGGAUUUAUUCGCCAUGAAAGUUUGCACAGACAAGGAAUUUGCUUUGGCAGGAAGGUGCCAAAGCAAGGUGCAAAAGACUUUGAGACUCCAGGACUUCAGAAGGAAAAUGUUCUUGCUGAGAAGGAAAGGGAUGUGUGACACAGCCAGGUCUUGGCCCACAUACAGUACACAUUAAAGGACAAGUGAUUUUCUCUUGUCUAGCCUCUCUCUCAGGCUACUUGAAAGAUGCAAAGUCUGUUUAUUUAAAACAACGCCUUUAGCCUGUGUCAAAAGAAGAUAAACGCUGUACAAAAGGCUACUUUUUGGACUUAUUUUGUGUGAUUUUUUCAGUCAUUUUUAUUUCAUGAGAAUUAUGAAGCAGGUACUCAUGUUUUAUUUCUAGAUUACUUAUUUAUUUUGAACUAGAUGUUUUGUGCAAAAAGUCCUUUAUAAAAAAGUGUGAAUACAUACUUGCACAAAUAUCCAGUUUAUUACACGUUUAUAAGUGUGUAUGUACAUGCAUAUUUGUGUGUGUAUGAAUAUGUGUAUAAAUUGAGAAGGAAAAUAUUGACCAAAGACCAAAGUAUUUACUAAAAACUAGGCAAGACAUGUCUGUUAGGUUCUCACAAAAGUCUGCAGUGAUCAGUGAUCACCAACUCAAUCUGUUACACGGCAGACAGUACCCGUCUUACAGUGCUGUCAGCAGAGUUGCAGUUUGAACAAAAUAUGUCAAAUUACUUUUUCAGUCAUCUGCCACAGUACAGUAUAUUGUCAACAGCUUUUCCGGGAUUAUUCUCUGUCUCUUUCAUUUUUUAAGAGAAGAUUGGAAGUCUUUAUUCAGCUCAGCUCUCAGGGGACAGGAUAUAGCAUUUGUACCCUGGAUUUGACCCCGCCCACCCAUAAGAAGCAGGAGAUACAGUAGCUUCUUUGACUAUGUUAAUUUAUUUUUAAUUGCUCUGCCCCUUUCUA